CCCAGAUCAGAGCACCAACGGGGUGACUGGCAGCAGACACACAGGUACUCAGCAUGGCUAACAGCAUGGAGGGGCCAGCUGGGUACCUUCGAAGGGCUAGUGUGGCCCAUUUGACCCAGGAGCUAGGUGCUGCCUUCUUUCAGAAGCAACAGCUCCCAGCAGCCAUGGCAGAUACCUUUCUGGAGCAUCUCUGUCUACUGGACAUUGACUCAGAACCAGUGGCUGCCCGAAGCACCAGCAUCAUCGCCACCAUAGGCCCGGCAUCUCACUCUGUGGAUCGGCUGAAGGAAAUGAUCAAAGCCGGAAUGGACAUUGCCAGGCUCAACUUUUCUCACGGCACGCACGAGUACCACGCUCAAUCAAUAGCCAACGUGAGAGAAGCGGUCGAGAGCUUCGCAGGCUCCUCCUUGAGCUACCGGCCAGUGGCCAUAGCGCUGGACACCAAGGGGCCCGAGAUCCGCACCGGGAUCCUCCAGGGGGGUCCAGAGUCAGAAGUGGAGAUAGUGAAAGGUUCUCAGGUCCGGGUUACAGUAGACCCAGCAUUCCGGACUCGGGGGAAUGCAAGCACUGUGUGGGUGGACUAUCCCAACAUAGUCCGGGUAGUGCCAGAGGGGGGCCGAAUCUACAUCGACGACGGUCUAAUCUCCCUCGUGGUUAAGCAUAAAGACCCAGACGGGCUGGUGACUGAGGUUGAGAACGGCGGGAAGCUGGGAAGCAGGAAGGGGGUGAAUUUGCCUGGUGCAGAAGUGGAUCUGCCAAGCUUGUCCGAGCAGGAUGCUCUGGACCUGCGCUUUGGAGUGGAGCAAGGUGUGGAUAUCGUCUUCGCAUCCUUUAUCCGAAAGGCCCAAGACGUGAUUGCUAUACGAGAAGCUCUGGGGCCUCAGGGAGGGAGCAUCAAGAUCAUCAGCAAAAUCGAGAACCACGAGGGUGUUGAGAAGUUUGAUGAGAUCUUGGAGGUGAGCGAUGGCAUCAUGGUGGCACGGGGUGACCUGGGCAUCGAGAUCCCAGCUGAGAAGGUCUUCUUGGCACAGAAGAUGAUGAUUGGACGCUGCAACUUGGCUGGCAAACCCGUUGUCUGUGCCACACAGAUGCUGGAAAGCAUGGUCACCAAGGCCCGGCCAACACGAGCAGAAACAAGUGACGUGGCCAAUGCUGUAUUGGAUGGGGCUGACUGUAUCAUGUUGUCUGGGGAGACUGCCAAGGGUAAUUACCCUGUGGAGGCUGUGAAGAUGCAGCAUGCGAUUGCUCGGGAGGCAGAGGCUGCAGUUUAUCACCGGCAGCUGUUUGAAGAACUUCGUCGGGCAGCUCCCCUAAGCCGUGACCCUACUGAGGUCACUGCCAUUGGUGCUGUGGAGGCUUCAUUCAAGUGCUGUGCUGCUGCUAUAGUUGUGCUGACAACAUCUGGCCGCUCAGCGCAACUCCUGUCCCGAUACCGUCCCCGGGCAGCUGUCAUUGCUGUCACCCGUUCUGCUCAGACAGCCCGCCAGGCCCACCUAAGUCGUGGUGUUUUUCCUUUGCUCUACCGAGACCCCCCAGAGCCCGUCUGGACUGAUGAUGUUGACCGUCGUGUCCAGUUUGGCAUUGAAAGUGGGAAGCUCCGAGGUUUCCUCCGAGUCGGGGACCUUGUGAUUGUGGUGACAGGCUGGCGACCUGGCUCGGGCUACACAAACAUCAUGAGGGUGAUAACUGUAUCCUGAGUCUCCAUGUUCCCAUAAGCCAUACACCUGUGCCUGAACCCUCAGGACCAUAUUCCAAUGUAGGUGACUUCUCCCACCCAAUAUUACACCCCUUUAUAUAGACCCUCCCCCAACUCUAGGAGAUAGUUCCUCCACUUGCCACCUACAUACAGUAACUUCAUCCCUUUGUAAACCUUCUUAGAGACCACAGCCCCUUUCUAGUUCCUAUGUCCUGGGGGCCCUCUUCUGUCACCAGCUUUCAUAGUUCCUGGAAGCUUGUGUUCAAUAAAAUAUUCAUCAUCCUCGA